GUUAGCAGUGUUGGCUGCGUUUAUUUUUUCGUUACGCGAAAGUAUUUUUAUUUAAUAGAUAUCAAGUCUCGUUUUUCUAUUGGUAUUUUGUGUUGUUGGCAUGUUUCUUCUUUUGACCGUUUUACUAUAGGCGUUUGCACGAACUGCAUGUUUUCGAUUUUGAUUUGGUUACCACUUCCUUCAAACGUGUUUGCAAACAACUUUGCAAGCAAGAAAAGGAAUACAGAAACGUGAACAUAAAAUUCGACCGCCGCUGUGGUAGAUAUUACUUACAAUCGUAAUAUUUAUAUCUACAAAAAAACAUACAUACGUUUUAAUAACCAGUUUGCUAGAAAACUGCCAUUUGGUCGUAAAGCAUUGUUGGCACACUUUCCAAACUUUUGGACGACAAUUUGGCUUUGGACUUUUUGUGGCAAUUUUUUUUUGUUUAUUUUGUAAUAGCGUGAUUCAGCGUUUUGUUUUUAUUUUUUUUUUCAAAUAAUGCUUUGUUAAAAAAUAUUAGUAAAUAUUGAACGUGGUUAACGUUCUUUGUGCUUGACAACGCAUGACAAGUAUUAUAAACACAUAUUAAAUUGUGUGCUCAUAGUAAAAUUAUAAAGAGCAGAUAAUAGUUAUAAAGAUAGGCAACAAAGUAAUGUUUUUUUAAUAUUAUAAAGCUCUAAUUACAUAAAAUUAGCAAGAGCGAUUCGUUUGCGCUUUGUGAGUUUCUCUGUAGUUACAGUGUAAUAAAAAAUNCAUGCUGAGCACAAUGGAUUCCAUCUCUUUUAUGGAUAUGCUGAAGCUGACCUUUAGGGUCAUCUCAUUCAGAUAUGAACAAAAUAAGCACACAACCAACAUUUAUGAGGUGGCCAAGACCACCAAAGGCGAAAUUAAAGGUGUGAAGCGCCUCACUAUUUGGGGCGACUCGUAUUUUAGUUUUGAACGCAUUCCCUUUGCUAAACCGCCUCUGGGUGAGCUACGCUUCCGCGCUCCAGUACCAGCCGAACCAUGGCAGGGCGUACUGGAUGGCACUGGUCCCGCUGAGAAGCCUCUACAAUCAAAUGUAAUAUUCCGCAAAUACAAAGGGUCGGAGGAUUGCUUGUACCUGAAUGUAUUUACAAAGAAUAUCAAUCCUGAAAAACCACGACCGGUUAUGGUUUGGAUUUAUGGCGGUGGCUUUCAGAUUGGCGAGGCCACGCGUGACAUGUACAGCCCAGACUUCUUAAUAUCCAAAGAUAUUGUACUCGUGACGAUCGCCUACCGCCUCGGCCCGUUUGGAUUUCUCUCACUAGACGAUCCCGAUGUUCAAGUUCCUGGAAACGCAGGUAUUAAGGAUCAAAUACUCGCACUGCGUUGGGUUAAUGAGAAUAUUGCUGCAUUCGGUGGCGAUCCAAACAAUGUGACCAUAUUUGGUGAGAGCGCUGGUGGCGCGUCCACACACAUUUGCAUGCUCAGUGAACAGUCAAAGGGAUUAAUACACAGAGGUAUAGUAAUGUCCGGCAGCGCCUUAUGUCCUUGGGCACAUCUACCGAACAAACGUUGGGCUUUUCGGCUAGCCAAGGCACUCGGUUACGAAGGCGAGGAUAAAGAUGCAGAAGUUUAUGAGUUUUUGUCAAAUACCAAAGGACCAGAUAUAGUGCGUGCAAAUGUAAAGGUGUUGUCCAAAGAUGAGAAACACAAUAGAAUACCAUUUGCGUUUGUACCCAUUGUAGAACCUUAUUGGACAGAGCAAUGUGUGAUGAGCGAACAUCCGUACGAGUUAAUGAAAAAGACGUGGAGCAACAGCAUACCUAUGAUUAUUGGAGGCACUAGCUUCGAGGGUCUAAUAUUUUAUCCAGAAAUAAUGAAACGUCCGGCAACACUCGAUGAGGUGCGCAAUUGCAAGAAUCUUUUACCGCCGGAUGCGGGUGUAAAAGAUGAUUUGCAAAAAGCUGAGGAAUGUGGGCUUAAAAUAAAGAAAAUCUAUUUUGGGCAAGAAGAGUGCUCGCGUAAGACAAUGAUGCAGUUUCUGGAUCUGAACUCGUACCGUGAUUUUUGGUUACCCAUCUACCGCACAUUGCUCGCACGCCAGCGUCACAGCACCGCUCCCACCUAUGUCUACCGCUUCGACUAUGAUUCAAGGGAAGGCAAUGCCAUACGUAAUAUUCUGUGUGGUGGUGAUGUGCGUGGUACUUGUCAUGGUGAUGAUCUCUGUUAUCUCUACUAUACUAUGUUUUCACACCAGCCGGUUAAGGGCUCCAAGGAGCACGAAGUAACGCGCACAAUGGUUGACAUUUGGACGAGCUUCGCAGCGAAUAGCGAUCCUAAUUGUGAUAUGUUGGAGGAGGUGACAUUUGAGCCGAUCACACGCGAUGAAGGUGAAAUUAAGUGUCUCAAUAUUGGUGAAAAGGUUGAAUUUAUUGAUCUGCCUGGUAUGGAUAAAUUAACGGUGUGGCGGGAAUUCUAUGCGCCGGGGAAAUUGUAACACGCUGUAAGGGUGUGGUGUUUUUUACUUUAAUAAGAGUGGGUGUCUACCUCAUGGAAAUUACCGCUUGUUGUAUAUCGUCACCCUUGUAUCAGAAGCACGAAUGUGCAAAUUUAUCAGUUUUGAGUUAUUGCGUUGACUUGAUUAACCUUUAGCUUUUCUAUGUUAUACUAAGACCCGUAAUACUAUGAGUACCACAUAUUUUAAAAUUUCAAUUGAAUGAAUGUAGUGUUAAGUCUCGUAAAAAAAACUUUUAUACUUGAUUUCCCAAAAUUUUAAUUUUUACAAAUUCAUGUUUCUGGCAUACGGGCGACGAUAUCUGGAAUUGAGAUUGAAAAUCGUUUUAAGUUUGUUGAAAUUUAAGUUUGUAAAUUAAAUAAAAUACCAGUGUAAAAUAUUGUUGUUUGGGUAAGAUGGUACAUCGUUGUAAUAUUUUUGUAGUGAUAUAUUUUUGUUAAUUAUCUUUAAGGACACAUUUCUUCAUACUUAAUAAAAUAAAACAAUAAUUCAUAG